AUGACGUCACUAGUAUCGUUUGAAUCUCUGCUUCUCGAUCCUGAAACGCCUGGUGUCGUGUCUUACAAUUACGACGAGGAUUACGAAGCGAUGUCUGAUGGAGCCAAAAGGAUGCUAAAAGAGGGGAAUGCCGGAGGUUGUUCCAUCAUGUCGGAAGCCUACUCUUUUAACCUCAUUAAACAAAAACUGCUGAUUAAUGUUGAAUUGUGGGAGACAGAGACAAAAAUUCAGUAUCGGAAUCGAAAAGGCAAAAUUACAGACUACACGAUCAAUUUCGAAAAGCGCAGGUUUGCAGUGCAGGUCACUCGAGCUAUGUACCACCCCAAAGACCGAAGUGUACCUGUCAAACGUCUCAAAAAAGAGAUUGACAAAAAACUGAAAGGGAUUAAAGAAUCGUCUCAAAACGCAUCUCUCAGAUGGGAAAAACAGAUCCUACACGUAUGGUGUCAAGACUCGACCCUGAGCGAAGUCGUUGAAGACGCAUUCAUGAACGCCGAUGCUGUCCUGAGGGGAAACACAAUCCUGCUGGUAUCGGAAGUUCUGGACGAUUAUCUGAGGGAGAAGAUCUUUUAA